AUGUGCAAAACAAGUCGCUUGGUUUGGAUCCUAACUGUUAUUGCGCUAAUUGCUGGUGUUAAACAGUGUGCAAACAAACAGCUAAAUAGUGAAAUUCAAGGAAAUGAUAGAAAAUCAUCACAAUCUAUUCAUCAUGAGGAAUACAGCACGGAUCUACAUCUAGAGACGUUGUUGCUGGAAUUAGCUGCAAAAAUGGACUAUGGCCACUGUUAUGUUGUGCUGUUUGAUGAGGUGUAUGAAAGUGUGUUGAAUGCAGCAUUCUUUCGCCAAAUCCAUCGUGCUGCUCGGUACAUCGUGAAAAUCGAACAAGACGAAGACACCUUCAAUCCCCGGCCAUCGUUGAAAUGCAUUCUAGAGAGUACUAGAAAGGCUGGCUGCGGGGGUUACAUAUUACUAAUGGCGAAUGGAAUUCAAAUGGCCCGUCUGCUAAGGUUUGGCGAUGAUACGCGCAUCAUUGAUACGCGCGCCCGAUACAUCAUGAUGCACAACUAUCGACUAUUUGUACCGCAGCUGCAUUACAUUUGGAAGCGCAUUGUAAAUGUCCUGUUUGUACGCCAGCUAAGGGAAAGGCGAGCUCAUUUGUAUAAAUCUGGCAAUGACAAGUUUGCGCCAGUUUACGAGCUAAGCACCGUCCCGUUUCCUAUGCAAAUCAAGGGAGUAUUUUUCUCGAAAAUUUUAAACUUUUGGCAAGGAGGGAAAUUUCGACUCGCAAACAGUACGUUUUUUGAUGAUAAAACCAAAGAUCUUCGUCGCCAAGAGAUGCGCGUGGUUGUGUUGGAACAUACGCCAGCGGUUUUCAAAUCAGCUACAACGUCCGUUGCCAUAGCAAGCUCGCCUACAAAUGAUUCCGACUUUUCAAACAAUGCUUCUGCGCAUCAGCUAACCCUAUCCCGCACUCAAUCGAGAAGCAACUACUAUGGUCUUGAAAUAGAACUUUUGAAAGCAAUAUCAAAUGCUAUGCAUUUUCAAAUGGUUUUUUACGAAACGUCCGAUGCUGACACGGAGCGCUGGGGCAGACUCAGUGGAAAUGGAACACUUACGGGAAUAAUUAAGGAGAUGCAAGAAGGUAAAGCAGAUUUUGCCCUUGCGGAUUUGCAUCAUACCGAGUAUAAUCUCGGUUUUAUGGAUCUCAGCGUUCCCUACCACACAGAAUGUCUAACGUUUCUUACGCCCGAAGCUUUGAGCGACAACUCUUGGAAAACACUCAUACUUCCGUUCAAUGGAGAAAUGUGGGCCGGUGUCCUACUGUCCUUGUUCGCCGUCGGGUUUGUGUUUUAUGCAUUUUCGAACACAUUGAUGUACAUUCAUCAGCAUGAGAGAGGUUAUCGGCCCGAGCACGAUUUACUUCAACGGCACCGAAACCGAAAGGGGAAAGAAAAACGGAACUUUUGGACAAGAUUUCGCAAGAAUCGUGAUAGAGCCACAACGCCACGUAAAUCAAAAGUGAUAGGUAGGUUAAAACGGUGGAGGCAUAAAAAACAGACCAACAUGAGUAAGUUGUCGGCUUAUGAUCGAAAUAAACUGAAGAAAUUACGAAUGAUUCCUUUCAAGCGACAGCCAGAGCCAUGGCAUGAUCCUCUACCCGCAAAUGAUAUGUUUGACACGUUUUCGGAUUGCAUCAUUUACACGUACAGUAUGUUAUUGCUGGUAUCUCUACCCCGUAUUCCAGAAAAGUGGCCACUUCGUAUGUUGACUGGCUGGUAUUGGGUGUAUUGUGUGCUGGUGGUAGUCGCCUAUCGGGCCUCAUUCACAGCUAUACUUGCCAACCCUAUACCUCGGGUGACGAUUGAUACGCUGCAGGAUUUGGCCGAAAGCUCCGUCCGAUGUGGAGCUUGGGGCGAGCAAAAUAGACUAUUCUUUCAAAUGGCACAGGACCAGUAUUCACAAACUAUAGGGGCUAAGCUAGAGCAUGCACCCAACCAGAAUGAAGCUGUCGAAAAGGUUAGCGAGGGCCUGUACGCUUACUACGAAAACAUAUACUCGUUGAGGCAGCUUCGAUCCACUAGGAAAUCCGAAAAAGCUCGCCAAACUCUACACAUUAUGCAGGAAUGCGCAGUGCACAUGCCUAUAUCGAUCGGAUUGGGUAAAAAUUCGCCCUUAAAGCAUCAAGUUGAUCUAUAUGUACGAGCACUAAUUGAGGGUGGUCUCACCAGAAAGUGGCUCUCGGAUGCGAUCGAACAGUUUCAAUCGAACGUGGAAAUACCUCCACAAGAAGCUAUAAUAGAUUUGAAGAAAAUGUAUGCCGGCAUUGUGGCUCUUUGCUUCGGUUACGUGAUAGCUUUGUUUGCCUUUGUCGUAGAAAAAAUGUACUGGAGAUAUUACAUUGAAAACAACCCAGCUUUCGAUAAAUAUUUGCAUGGCAUUGUAUUCCGUGGCCGAGGAUGAAUUUUAUAAUUUAUUCCAAUAUACUUUAGGACGAAUGUUUAUCCUAAGACGGUUUAGGAUACUCUUAUAUUUCAGAAUAGCAUGUUUAGGAUACACUUAUAUUUCAUGUUUUAUUAUUUGCAGAUUUCAUGUUUUAUCACCCUCUAAACGACCUUAUUAAAAUUACAUUAGUUUGUAAAAUUCAUGAAGUCAUUUAAUUGUUAAGUUUUAGUAACAUGCAACUUUCUCAUUUGUCCAGCCUUUAUUCAACCACUCUGUAGUGUAAGCCAAGGUCCGACGUAUGAACCAUGGUGGUUUUACUCUUUCCGUCUAUUUAAUAUCAACUCGACUAUGACCUGUAAUGACUCAAUUUUUCGAAUGAAUGCAUUGAAUCAAUAUCGAACUGCUUACUGUUAAUGUGCAUUACAGAGCGCCCAGCUGUAGCCCUGGAUGGACCUUGGAUGGAAAUAAAAUCUAGCUUUUCACUCUCAUUAACGAAAUAAAACAAAAAUGAUUUAAAUAACCAUCCGAAUACUGUAUAUUCUAGUUGGUUUGUUGAUAAUUGAUUCACUGAAAAUAUGUGGUACACACCAUUAUCAAUCGCCAAACAAACUUUGCAAUCACAGAAAGGACUGGACUGACAAUUACUAGCCGUGGGAGAAGAUAGUAUACAACUAGUAAAAACUAGGACGUUUCAUUCAAAGCCCUAAAUUUGAGGCAUUCUUCAUGCAAGUAGUACAAAUUGAUGUUCAUUCAGAGACUGUGAUGUUUAUCUCCAAUUAAUACAUAAAUUGGCUUUAUUCUAUAUCAUUCUGAUUUAUACAUUGAAGCAUUACAAAAUCCUGGUUUCCUUUUCCCAGUAUUUUAAAAAGGCAACUCAUCUGAACGCAAAAAAGCUGUUCAUGUUGAUGUUGCCACCACUAUCUGGAAAAAUAAUAAGUGUUGGUCAAAGUUUGUUUUUUUUGCAAGUUAUACGUAACGUUUCUGUAUGUUAGACGGCACUACUUUCCGACUACGAGUUAAACCAUAAAUAUCGGAUAAGCAGGCAGUUUAGGACUCCUAUCAAAUCAAAAGCAAUAAUGAUACAGUAGAAAGACAUAGAAAAAAGGAAAAAUAGUAUUACAACCUCACUAUCUGCACUGAUCUGCACAUUAUCAAAAUAAAACGUUUUCUCAAUUCGUACAGCUCACACAACAAUUGUUAUGGUAAUUUGUUUUUCCUAGCGUCAGUACGUUAAAGUUAAAAAUUUAGAAUCUCUGUAAACAAAGAAAAUUAAGAUAAGCAUGAUGACAUACUGAUUUACAUACCAUACAGGAAGAAUAUACGAUACAGGGAAGAGCCUGCGUAAAGACUAAACAAAAGAAUAACAAUAUAAUUAUCGACAUACCAGAAAGAAUAUAUUUAGAAUUCUUUAAUUGAUCUUCUAAUGAGAUCGAGUCCGCUACUUCAUCUCAGUCAUAACGUACUAAAUCAUUGCUAGGAUUAUAUUGGGGUUCCCUGCCUUAUGCUUAUUUUCGGAAGCAUGUUUGCUCUCUUAUUUAAAGGUAGGUUCUAAACUGCGUCUGCGUUUAGUUUACUUCAUUCUAUGGUAUCCCUAACGACUAUCUUAAUAUAAACGAAUGAAAUAGUUUCAGAAAGCUGGUCUCUUCCACUGAAGAAUACUCAUACAAAACUCAUAAGUAUAAAUUGAUUUUAUGAUGGCAAACACCUGUACUGAUUAUACUUUAUUGCGUAGAAUAUGUUUGAGAUGUCCCUAUACUCAUGGAAAGAACAAAACGGAAUCUAUGUGUUUGUAUUCAUUCCUCAUGAGCAUUUUUUUAUUUCUCUGUACUGACAUAGAGGGUGAGGGUGGGGAGGAGAGGAGGGGGAGGAUCCUUUCGUUAAUUAUUUGCUAGUUAUCAGCAGCUUUACUUACUUUAAUUAGGAAUCGUAGCUAUUGACCGGUGUUCUUUUAAUCUUGUUUUACUACUUUCGCAAAUAAAAUUUAGCAUUAUAAAUCUUGAUGUUCAAUUUCGGUUCAUUUUGAUUGAAUGCAGUAGAGCUGUAAUUUCACUCAUGCUGAAUUUUGUCCAAAGCUGAUAGAAAACUAAUUUGCUGAAAACUUUUUCAAUAAUCCGAAAACUAAGUUGUUAAAAGAAGUGAUUGAAAUUAAUGCAAUUUUGUUGAAAAUACUUUUGAAUUUAUAGGAUGCUUGCCAAACCGGUUUGUAAGUUAAAUGUAUCUGCACGAUCUUAUUUAAUUCCACUGAU